CACAUGGUUCGACACCCGACUAGAAACAGUCACUGCAAAACCAGAAGCUGAGGUGUCGCAGCGUUCCUCCUGUUGUAUCUUUGAAUGGGAUUCAGCACAUUAAGAGAAGCAUCUUAAAAACAGUGAAAACUGUCGAGCUGUGCUUUUAUCUUUCGGUAGAAUUAAGCUACAACCACCUUCCAGGACCGAAACCUGCCAUUUUGGUGUCGUUAAAACCGGUGAAAACGUACAGCUUUGACGUUCUUUAAUAUUUUCGUUUGUCUGUCAAUGACGUUUUUUUUGUUUGUUUCUUUAAACCGGGUUUAAGUGUCGUUAAUUUAAAUGUUUUAGCGAAUUUCUCAGCCGGGAUCAAUCAGCGACUUUUCAGUUGCUGAACACAAAAACAGAAAACACGGCUUCAGCACUGAGGUAGCAUAGGAGGAGGAAAACCCCCCAAAACCGAUAGGAUAUGGAGUCGACCAAAGCUGGAGGCGUAAUAGCCUACAUCAGCUCAACCAACUCUACCUCCAGCCCGGAGUCGUGCCACAGCGACUCCUCCAACGGCAGCUACCCGUCGUCCUCCUCGCCCAGAACCAGCUGCCACCCGCUGGUUCAGCGGGCAGACCCUGCACCCCCCACCGCCGGGCAAAAACUUCCAGGGACUCAGAAAAGCGGACGCUCCACCGCGAAAUGUGGCAUCACAAAAAUCAACGGCCUGGUGCUGCUGUGUAAGGUGUGCGGCGACGUGGCCUCUGGCUUCCACUACGGCGUCCACGCCUGCGAGGGCUGCAAGGGCUUCUUCAGGAGGAGCAUCCAGCAGAACAUCCAGUACAAGAAGUGCCUUAAGAACGACAGCUGCCCCAUCAUGAGGAUCAACCGCAACCGCUGCCAGCAGUGUCGCUUCAAGAAGUGUCUGAUGGUCGGGAUGUCCCGAGACUCUGUGCGCUUUGGUCGGAUCCCCAAACGUGAGAAGCAGCGCAUGCUGCUGGAGAUGCAGAGCGCCAUGAACAACAUGAUGAACAACAGCCAGCUGCACAGCAGCCAGACGCUGCCCUUCUGCAAACCUCUGCCGGCCAGCGCCGCAGAAGCUACCUCAGAGGAUGCCGGCCCGGCCCCCUCCAGCUCUUCAUCCACCUCCCUGUGCACCAGCCAAUCAGACUCCGGCUCUGACCCCGGCGUGGCCAUGGACACCAGCUCAGCGUCGCCCUACGCGUCGGACAGCGCGUCGGAGGAGGCGAUCGGCUCGGUGACCCGGGCCCACCAGGAGACCUUCAUGUACAACCAGGAGCAGAGCAGCCUGAUGGCCGAAGCCCCGCCCCCCCCGGGCCCCUCGAGCAGCGUCUCAGCCAAAAACAUCCCUAACCUUCGCACAGAGGAGCGGCAGGACGCCUGGAACCUCCACAACAACCUGGUCACCAUGGCGGUACAGGACCCCCCCUCCAGCCUGGGCCCCCAGGGUCAGGAGGACACCACCGCCACACACUGCCCCUUCAGGCUGUCGAGGAGCUCCCCCCCCAGCCACUGUCCAGCCUACGCACACAGAGCCUUUGGAGCUCCGCCCCCAGAGGGCCCCGCCAGCGCAGCCUACAGCGGGCCCCUGUGGAGAGGAGGCAACAGGAUGCAUCUGGUGUGUCCCAUGAACACGUCUCCUCACGUGAACCCUCACAAGUCUGGCCACGAGGUGUGGGAGGAGUUCUCCCACAGCUUCACCCCGGCGGUCAGGGAGGUGGUGGAGUUUGCCAAGAAGAUCCCGGGCUUCAGAGACCUGUCCCAGCACGACCAGGUCAGCCUGCUGAAGGCCGGCACCUUCGAGGUGCUGGUGGUUCGCUUUGCUUCUCUCUUCGACGUGAAGGACCGCACCGUCACCUUUCUGGGCGGGAAGAAAUACAGCGUGGACACUCUGAGGGCCAUGGGGGCCGGGGACCUCCUCAACUCCAUGUUUGACUUCAGUGAGAAGCUCAUCAACCUGGGCCUCAGUGAGGAGGAGAUGAGCCUCUUCACUGCCGUGGUGCUGGUCUCUGCAGAUCGCUCCGGCAUCGAGAACGUGAACUCGGUGGAGGCUCUGCAGGAGACGCUGAUCCGCGCCGUGCGGAGCCUCGUCACCAAGAACCACCCCAACGAGUCGGCCAUCUUCACCAAGCUGCUGCUCAAACUGCCCGACCUGCGCUCGCUCAACAACAUGCACUCUGAGGAGCUGCUGGCCUUCAAGGUCCAUUCCUGAAGAUUCCUCUUGUACUUGACGCCGACCUGGAAACCCCACAAACCUCCACCUCCAACCCAACACCUCCACCUCCAACCUCCACCCAACCAACACCUCCACGCUUCUCCACGAGACUCUGGUUGCUUCUUAAGUCUCUAAAUAAAACUCAAAUGUGACAUUUAAAGGGGGAAGAAGAUGUUCUUGUACUGUAGGGCGUCACUGCCUGUGUGAUGGUGAUGCGUACACACACCAGUGUGUGUGUGUGUGUGUGUGUGUGUGUGUGCGUGCGUGUGUGUGUGUGGUCAGAAUGUUUUAAUCUGAACGAAGGCGUCGUCUUGUUUCUCGUGCAGUUGUUGCUUCGCUGUGUUCCGUCAGGUUGGGGUCGUUUUAUCUAAAUUAUUGUUUGCGUUGUGAGGACUGUAUCCGUGCUGAUGUUUCCUCGUGCAUCAGUGAAAUGGAGAAACACUGAAAGAAUGAAUUAUUUCUGGGAUCCUGCGUGUCCCGGGUCGAGUCGACGCCGCUUGAAUAAACGUUUGUGUUUCACAGACUGUAGUUGAAGUGAGUAGGUAGGAUGUUCCACAUAAAGUAUGAUUGUGAUUGUAAUUUAAAGUGACAGCUGUUAGAUAUUUUGCAUCUCUUUGUUGCCUGUCGAUGAGUUCAGAACGUCCGGCCUUUUAAUAUCCAGAGCUUCUGUCGUUGUGUUAACAUGGCCGACGUGGUUCUGUGAAAGGAUUGCAGUAGUUUCUAUAUAAAUAUAUACAUAUUAUCAUACAUACAUAACUGUAUAGAUGAAUAUAUCUAUAUAAAUACAUUUUAUAAAUGCAGUUCAUGUGAAGUGGUUAUUGAAGUUGUGUGUUUAAAUUGAAUUUAGAGUGGUUUAAUAAAUUCUAUUAUAUUUCAAA